UCAAACAAGUACCUCUCUCUCAACCUCCAUCUCCAUUAUUCCAAUAUAUAAACAAAUCCCCACAACUUAUUUUCCUUCAUCACAGUCACAACAAAUCAUCCUUACAAACACAAACAACAACAACAUCAAAAACAAAAACAAAAAAUGGUUCUAUCAUGGACCAAAGGUAGUAGAGUUUUCCGUCGUGCACGAAAGGGAAAAGACAUACUAAAUUCAAGCAACGAUUUACAAGUUGAGAUAGCAAUUCCAACUCAUUUCCGUUGCCCCAUAACACUAGACAUAAUGAAAGAUCCCGUUACACUCUCCACCGGUAUAACCUACGACAGAGACAGCAUCGAAAAAUGGAUCGAAUCAGGUAACAACACGUGUCCCGUCACAAAAACAGAGUUAUUAUUACCAACUAACUUCGACAACAUCGUACCUAAUCACUCCCUUCGUAGAAUGAUUCAAGAUUGGUGCGUCCAACACCGUUCUUACGGCGUCGAACGAAUCCCAACUCCUCGUAUCCCCGUUACACCGUACGAGGUUACCGACACGUGUACGAGGAUACUGUCUGCCGUGCAACAAGACGAACAACAAAAGUGUUUUGAAUUGGUGAAAAAAAUAAAGGGUUGGGGAAAAGAGAGUGAGAGGAAUAAAAAGUGUAUAGUUUCAAAUGGUGCUCCAAUUGUUCUAGCUAAUGUUUUUGAUUCUUUCUCACGUUGUUCAUUUGAGAAGAUUAAUGUUGUUCUUUUGGAAGAGGUUUUGGGGAUGCUGACGUGGAUGCGUCCUGUUUCUGAACAGAGUAGAUUAAUUUUGGGAUCUUUGAAUUCUUUGAGUUGCAUGGUUUGGUUCUUGAAUGAUAAAAAUCAAGUUUCAACUAGACAAAAUGCUUCUUUGUUGAUUAAAGAAAUGCAUGUUGAGUCAUUGAUGAAAAUUGAAGGGAUUGUUGAAACUUUAGUGAACAUGGUUAAGGUUCCUAUUGGGAGUGCUUCUACAAAAGCAUGUUUGUCAACAAUUUUUCACUUGGUUUUCUCAUCCAAGAGUAAAAAAGUGGUUUUGGAGAGGUUUGUUGAAUUGGGUUUGGUUUCAAUUUUAUUGGAGAUUAUUGUUGAUGCUGAAAAAGGGGUAUGUGAGAAAGCUUUAGGGGUGUUGGAUUCUCUUUGUGAUAGUACAAAUGGGGUGGGAAUAGCAAAGUCAAAUGCUUUGACUUUGCCUUUAGUGAUUAAGAAGCUUUUAAGAGUGUCUGAACUGAGUUCAAGUUUUGUUGUUUCUAUUGUUUACAAGAUUUGUUGUGAUAAUAAGGGGGAGGAAGAAGGUGUUUUGAUUGAGGCAAUUCAAGUUGGGAUGUUUCAGAAAUUGCUUGUUUUACUGCAAGUUGGUUGUGGUGAGAAUACAAAGGAGAAAGCUACUGAGUUGUUGAAAUUGUUGAAUGGUUAUAGGAGCAAAGCUGAGUGCGUUGAUUCAUCAUCAUUGGAUUUCAUGCACCUUAAGAAGCCAUUUUGAUUCAUCCAUGUGGAUGACAUUUAAUUAUUUCCCUUUUUUGUUUUGUGUAUAGUUUUGUUGUAAACAGAAUAUACUCUUGUACAAAGAUACAUAGUCACACAUACAAGAAUACAAAUUGUAUCUCUAACAUUCAAUUGAUGUUUUGAAAUCCAUCUUUUUAUUUUUGGAAAUUUAGAUUUGAGACAUACAGAUCGAGAUGGUUAAAGUUUAA